UCCCCAAACAGUACCUAACGCCUAUAGUUUUAUUGCUUACGCUUGCCAUCUUCAUUUCUUCACAGUUCACGCGCUCUUUCACUACUCCUUCCUCUCCCCACCAUUCUCAAUCAUCGAAGGCUAACCGGCACGAUCUCACCGACAAGUUUUGCCGAGCUGAUUCGCUCUGAGCUCGCUCUUCAUUUCCAGAUCCAGCUCCGGUACGCAUUUCCGUAGAUCUAUCUCGAUUAUACACCGAAUUUGUUAGCAGCAACAAGUUCGGGAAUGGCAUUGUGUGGCGGUGUCGGUGUCGGUGUCGGUGUCGGCGUCUUGUGAUUGAUGAUUUCUGUGUUACUACCAGUGGCUUAGAGGGCCUGUCUCCUUCAUCUUGUCUAGCAAUGGCAUUGUCAUCAAUCUUGGGAAGGAGAUACUUGGCUGCAUUCGUAUAUUUUGUUCUCAUUUCACAUGCUUGUAAUGGGUUUUAUUUGCCGGGUACCUACAUGCAUACAUACUCCACUGGUGAUGAAAUUGUUGUCAAAGUGAACUCAUUAACCUCAAUUGAGACUGAGCUACCCUUCAGCUAUUAUAGUCUUCCUUACUGCAAACCUCAGAAUGGCAUCAAGAAAAGUGCUGAGAAUCUUGGAGAACUGUUAAUGGGAGAUCAGAUUGAUAACUCUCCCUACCGUUUCAGGAUGAAUGUUAAUGAAUCUAUUUACCUCUGCACUACCCCCCCUCUAAAUGAGAAUGAGGUAAAGCUCUUGAAACAGAGGACCCAUGAGCUUUAUCAGGUGAAUAUGAUCCUGGAUAACUUGCCUGCUUUGAGAUAUGCCAACCAAAAUGGAAUGAAGAUACAGUGGACUGGGUUUCCAGUUGGCUACGCACCACCAAAUAGUAAAGAAGAUUACAUCAUUAACCACCUGAAAUUUAGAGUUCUGAUUCAUGAGUAUGAGGGAGCUGGAGUGGAGAUAAUUGGUACUGGGGAAGAAGGUAUGGGUGUUAUUUCAGAAACUGAUAAGAAGAAGACUGCAGGUUAUGAAAUUGUUGGUUUUGAGGUGGUCCCUUGCAGUGUUAAAUAUGACCUUGAACAGAUGACAAAACUUCACAUGUAUGAUAACAGCACAUCUAUAAACUGUCCAUUGGAGAUUGAGAGGUCUCAAAUUAUAAGGGAGCAGCAGAGGAUAUCAUUCACUUAUGAGGUUGACUUUGUGAAAAGCGACAUUAGAUGGCCAUCUCGAUGGGAUGCUUAUCUCAAGAUGGAAGGUGAUCGUGUUCACUGGUUCUCGAUUCUUAACUCAUUGAUGGUGAUCUUCUUCUUGGCUGGAAUUGUUUUCGUAAUCUUUUUGAGAACUGUGAGAAGGGAUUUAACAAGGUAUGAGGAAUUGGACAAAGAAGCUCAGGCACAGAUGAAUGAGGAACUUUCUGGCUGGAAGCUUGUGGUAGGUGAUGUGUUCAGAGAACCAAAUCACUCAAAGCUACUCUGCAUUAUGAUUGGAGAUGGGGUUCAGAUUACUGGAAUGACAGUUGUAACUAUUCUUUUUGCUGCUCUUGGUUUCAUGUCACCAGCUUCUCGGGGUAUGCUGCUAACAGGAAUGAUAAUGCUUUACCUGUUCUUGGGAAUUGCAGCUGGUUAUGUUGGUGUGCGACUAUGGAGAACUAUCAAGGGGACUUCAGACGGAUGGAAGUCAGUUUCAUGGGCAAUUGCAUGCUUCUUUCCAGGGAUUGUUUUUGUUAUUCUCACAACGCUGAAUUUUAUUCUUUGGGGAAGCAACAGCACCGGUGCCCUACCCAUUUCCUUGUAUUUCGAACUCAUAGCCCUCUGGUUCUGCAUUUCAGUGCCUCUCACUCUCCUGGGAGGACAUCUUGGCACACGAGCAGAACCUAUCCAGUACCCAGUGCGAACUAACCAAAUUCCUAGGGAGAUCCCUGCGCGCAAAUAUCCAUCAUGGCUUCUUAUCCUUGGAGCUGGAACUCUUCCAUUUGGAACCCUCUUCAUUGAACUUUUCUUUAUCCUCUCUAGUAUCUGGCUUGGUCGGUUCUACUAUGUCUUUGGUUUCCUGUUCAUUGUUCUCCUGCUUUUGGUCAUUAUUUGUGCCGAAGUCUCUCUUGUCCUCACUUACAUGCAUCUCUGCGUCGAGGAUUGGAUGUGGUGGUGGAAAGCAUUCUAUGCCUCAGGUUCUGUCUCUCUGUACGUGUUCUUGUAUUCCGUUAAUUACUUAGUCUUUGACCUUCAGAGCCUGAGCGGGCCAGUGUCUGCUAUACUGUAUCUCGGCUAUUCACUGAUAAUGGCUGUUGCAAUCAUGCUCGCUACUGGCACCAUCGGUCUUCUCACAUCAUUUUACUUCGUCCAUUACCUCUUCUCCUCAGUGAAGAUUGACUGAGGAUUUAGAUAGCCAAUUCUUGACAGAGAGAAAGCUUUAUUGCUCAAUUUCUCACGCGGUGGUUGCCAAAUGAAUGAAGAGAUUCUCAGAAGCUGGUUGCCCUGAAGGCCUGCUAAGAUAUCAAUUCUUGUUCUUGAUAUUCUCGAUGCUAAAAAUGUUUCAUUUGUAUCGAUUUUAGCUGUUUAAUGCUGGUCAAUGUAUUCUGCCUUUUCUUCAUCUUUCUGCAUUUAAGCUUUGUGUAGCUCGUCCAUUCCAGUUGUUUUGGACAUGUAUUGAAACGCAUAUUGUAGUUAGCCAAACACUUGAAGCCGGGAAAAUGAUUCUUCCGGGCUUCCAAACACACCCAAAUGUUGAUAUAGCAGAUAUUGUUACGCCUGGCAGCUGCACUGCGCAUAUCAGCAUAUGGCACCGCACCACUAGUUUGUUUGUUUGUUUUUUAAAAAAUAUAAUAAUUAAUUCAUUUGUUUCUUUUAAAA